AGUACGGGUUCGACCUUACUCCAGGGACGGGGCAUCACCGGAAUGUGUGAAAACCCAAACCCAAGCAAAACAUUCCUAUGUCUACAUCCAAGUUUUUGUGAGAUUAUCGUUCCUCGAAAUAUGAUUAAAGUUGGAUUUUAAUCCUGGAUAAUUGAAUACAAUCCUUUUAAGUGAGUUCAGGCUUAGAUAAGAAUUUCUAAGGUCAAGUGAAAUCUUGAGGAGAUGUCGCCCAGAUCUUCUCUCUCUCUCAGAAGCAUGGACGACAACCUAUCCUUGAGUUUACUAAACGAACUGUCCGUCAAGUAUGGGAUCCAGACUCAUCUCUCCCACGCCCCCCUCCCACAGAAGCUUGAGGAGCUCAGGGAGUACCUCAGGAGGGAGAUCAAGAAGGAGCUCAAGAUCAAAGAGGGAGCUGAAAACCUCCGUAAGGUUGCCAAAGAUAAAAAAUCUGUCUCCGACGUGAACCACAUCGUGAAGAAGUCCAACAACAAGCUGACAGAACUUCAAGCGGAGCUUCAAGAACUAGAUUCACAACUCUUAGUUACUCAAGGGAAUCUUCCUAAUUCCCCACUUGUAGAUGCUCUUAUGUCUCCUGGGUUUCCAUCCACACCCGGAGAUGAACCUGAAUCCUGGUCUGCGGCUGAGCAGCGACUAUUCCACCUUCAGAGACAGCUAGAUAUUGAGACCAAGGUUCGGCAGGGAGCAGAGAACAUGCUGAGUCAGUUUAGUGGAACCAAGGAUAAGAAACUCCUUGUCGAGGCGGAGGAGUUGUUACUGGACUCUAAAGCUAAAAUGGAAUAUCUCCGGAUGAGAAUAUUAAAAACUAAACAGCAGGUUUCCGGCGGUGAAUUAGAUAAGAAUUGUGAAAAAAGUGUUGAAAUGAUUACUCCGGUUGAGGAGAGAAUAGAGGAACUGAGACAUCACCUCCGGAUAGAAUCCGCUUGUCUGGAAGGAGCUAAAAAUGUUCUUAAGAUUCUAAACGCAUCUAAAAGCCAGGAUAAGAAAGCGAUGAACGAUGCCCAGCAGAAUAUGUUUGAGUCGAGUCAGAAGCUUGAUUUGAUCCGACACAGUUUGGAGAUGGUGAGACAGGAUCUUCCUCUGGGUUCUUCUAAAGCUCAGGAGUUGAAGAAUGAGAUAGAGUCAACUGUAACAAUGUCUCCAGGAUCAUUUAACCAAACAGGAGAAAAUUAUAAUACCAACACACAGAUGAACCCCGCAAGGGCUUUGGCUAGUUUCUCCAGAACUGCGGCUGUGACCGGUAAACUAGAAGUUCGUCUCAUGGGUUGUCAGGAUUUGAUAGAAGAUGUUCCUGGUAGAUCCAGAGCUCAAUCCUCAGUCUUCUCAUCUCCGUCCGACGUCAAAUCUGUCUUUAAGGCGGUUACCCGAAGUAGUUCGAAGAGUUAUAAUGUGAAGGACGAAACCAGCAACGAUAUCUCUGCUGUGCUGAAGUUGGAUAACGUGGAGGUUGCGAGGACAAGCUGGCGAGGCUGUAGUCAGCAGGCCUGGGAUCAGAGGUUUUCUAUACAGCUAGAGAAGAGUAGGGAACUAGAGAUAUCUAUAUAUUGGAAGGAUUGGAGAUCCCUUUGUGCUGUCAAGUUUCUCAGGUUGGAGGAGUUUAUAGAUGAUGUUAGACACGGUAUGGCCAUGCAGCUUGAACCUCAAGGACUACUAUUCGCCGAGGUCAAGUUCCUGAACCCGCUGAUAACUAGAAAACCAAAACUACGCCGUCAAAGAAAGAUAUUCCGACAGCAAGGGAAAAUGCCGCGUCCGGAGCAGAUGAAUAUUAAUGUCGCCACGUGGGGUCGUCUUCUUAAGAAGAAUAUUAACAUGUCGAAGAGUGUAGUUCAGGAAAACAGAGAUACCGAGAAUUCAGGAUUUGUUCCACGUCCCACCCGACUUGAUUUCGACCAGGGGAAUGAUGUACAGAGCAGCGGAGUUGAAGAUAACCUUUCUCAGCAGACACAGUCAUCCUAUUCAUCCCAACAGUCCCAUCCGUCCUACUCAACCCAGCAGAGUAACUCCUCCUACUCCUCGACUCCGACCUAUCACGUCCCGGAGAAACGACAAGCCCCGCCUCCUCCAGUUAAACCCCAGCAGGACUUCAAUACAAUCAAUAAAAAUAAGGUUCAGGAGUUUGAGUCCUGGAACCUGGGCCAGGAGCCAAGUCGUCAUGAACCUGCCCGUCAGGGAUCAGGGAAUAGAAACCAAAAACCUGAGACAAAUCGUCCUGUUGUCCUACCUCAACCUGACACCUUCCAGAUGGACGAACCUUUCAUCGACACGUCUCACUACAAGACCUCGAGGGUAGUGAUCACCCCCGGGACCCCCACCGAGCCCACCUACGAGCUGGAAAAGAAGGGUCACACCUCCGUGAUCCGUGUUUCCUAUCCUGGACCUGAAUCCGUCCAGCCGCCUACUCCUGAACCUGCUCAGAGCUUCCAUAGACAGAGAGACUCUCCUAGUGCGCAGCAUCGUCCGAGUCUGCCUCUCCGUCAAGAUUCAGCUAUGGGAUUGGAGAGUUUUCAUUUCGUCGCAGUUCUUGGUCGUGGACAUUUUGGAAAGGUUAUACUGGCGCGGUACAGAAACACAGGCGAAUACUUUGCGAUCAAAGCACUGAAGAAAGGAGAUAUUAUCGCCAGGGACGAGGUUGAAUCAUUGCUAGCGGAGAAAAGAAUUUUCGAGGUCGCUAACUCAAUGCGGCAUCCGUUCCUUGUCAACCUUUUCUCAUGCUUCCAAACAAAGAGCCAUGUUUGCUUCGUAAUGGAGUACGCUGCUGGUGGAGAUCUAAUGAUGCACAUUCACGCAGACGUGUUCACAGAACCUAGAACUGUAUUCUACACUGCUUGUGUGGUUCUAGGUCUCCAGUAUCUUCAUGAAAACAAAAUUAUUUACAGGGAUUUAAAACUUGACAACCUGCUCCUUGAUACAGAGGGAUACGUAAAAAUUGCGGAUUUUGGUCUGUGUAAGGAGGGAAUGGGAUACGGAGACAGGACGGGAACUUUCUGCGGAACUCCGGAGUUUCUGGCUCCUGAGGUUCUCACCGAGACAUCGUACACCAGAGCCGUGGACUGGUGGGGACUAGGGGUUCUUAUAUUCGAGAUGUUGGUUGGGGAGUCACCGUUCCCCGGAGACGAUGAAGAGGAGGUGUUUGAUUCUAUUGUAAACGAUGAGGUUCGAUAUCCUAGAUUCCUCUCCCUCGAAGCUAUUGCCAUCAUGAGAAGGUUGCUCCGGAAGAGUCCUGACCGAAGGUUGGGAGCUACGGAGCGGGAUGCUGAGGAUGUGAAGAAACAAGCCUUCUUCAGAAACGUCAACUGGGAGGAUCUCUUGAAAAGAAAAAUUCCGCCGCCAUUUGUCCCAACUAUUGGCGGGCUGGAGGAUGUUUCUAAUUUUGAUGAAGAGUUUACGUCUGAGAAACCAAAGCUUACUCCGCCCAAGGAGGCGAGAGAACUAACCAGUGAUGAACAACUUCUCUUUCAAGAUUUUACCUAUCUAGCAGACUGGUGUUAAUAUCAUCCACCUGGCUUAACUCAGCUAUGAUGGUUGAUCUUUAUGUUAGAUUUACAGCUUCAUUACUCAACAUCAGUGCUAGAUGCAUGAUUGCUUGUAUUGGUUAUUCACCUACAUAGUUGCCGGUAUUGGUUAUCCAUCAACAUGGCUGCUGGUUAGGUUAUCCGCUUAUAUGGCUGGCCAUUUUUAUAUAGAACAGCAACAAUAGUUUGAUUUCAUGGGUUAUUUAACUCCGAAAAAUAAUUAAACUAAAGAUAUCAACCAUAAUGGUUGAAUAGAUUCAGUUCAAAGUGCAAUCCUGGGUUAACUUUCAACCCUGACGUAAAGGUAGUACCCGGAGCCUUCAGUAAACCUUCUCUCCUCUUCUAGAAACAUUGAGAUUCAGUACUUAAAUACAUCUGGAGGUCUAAUGUGAAUAACGUCCAGAACUGUCCUUAGUUCAGGAAAUCUUCCAAAAUGUGAGUUCACCCAAGAACAUUAUCCCUCUACCUACAGUAUAUCUAGAAAGAAUUCAAACCUUCUCUACACUUCACUGAGUACUUCACCAAAAAGUUGCCUUAUUCUGUUCAGAAUAUUUUCCAAGAUUGGUGCUAACUUUAAGGACUUUAUUCAUGCCUUAACUUGCCUUUGGGCCAAUUAGCCCAUCACCCCAUUCUGUCCAAACUAAAUAUAGAAACUUCUAAUUUGAAUUUAUAUAAGAAUAUAUAUAAACACAGUGUUGCAAAUAUUAAUCUAAUUAUAGCAAUAUUUGAUAAUUUUUUAAUCGUAAAUAUGUCUCUAAACAAUGUAUAGAGAGCAGUACACAGGAUGUCUCAAAAUAAACUAUACUCCACACAUCACAACAGCUGAUCCUUGGAAAUCUUCUAAUAUUCUUCUGCAGCGCAGAAAUAAAGUUUAAUUUGUGAAUUUGAUGCUGACACGUAAAAGAGUAUUUUUAAGUUAUGCUUGACAAGUAAUGUCAAUUUUUUAAAUAAAUGAUUUUUGCUGAGAA